AUAAAAAAUUGUAGUGUGAAGUAACUAGCGAGGAGUGUGGUGCCGUUUGACUAAGCAGCAGUACCCAGCGAGCGAGGAUGCAAAGCCAACAAGACAACGACGACGGCCCACCGCCCGGAUGGCAACCUAUUCCUACUCCCCAACGCCCACCGCCACUUCCAUCCGGUUUUGCUCAAAUGGUUUGUGGUUCUUGUAGACGUCUGCUUUCGUAUCCAUCGGGUGCCAAACAUGUCAAAUGUUCAUGCUGUCAAACGGUCAACAUUGUAUUAGAAGCUGAUCAGGUUGGGCAAGUUAAGUGUGGGAGUUGUACGCUAUUGCUAAUGUAUCCAUAUGGUGCUUCACAGGUCAGGUGUUCAUCAUGCCGGUUUGUGACAGAAAUUGGGGCAAACAACAAGCGGCCUCCAUGGUCUGUACAACAAAGCAAACCAAUUCCUCCCAAAGCUAGCUGUUAGUGGCCUGUCCGUUGUCCCAUUAACGCGGCCAUUCUUGUAUUAGAAAUUAGGAACGAGGGUGCUUGUGUAACGAGAUGUAUAGAUCUUAAAUUUGCUAUAUGUGCGGAAUAAUUUAUUAAUGUCAAGUUUCAGAAUUAAUUUAAUGAGUUUUUAGGCUCUA